UGAAGUGCUCGAGAUUAAAAAUUUCUUUACCUAGCGGAAGAAUGGCGGUCGCAAAGAAAGAAACUGCCCCUUCGGCUAAGAAGCUGCCAGCAGUACCAGAAUCGGUACUUAAAAGAAGAAAAGCUCGCGAAGCAGUUAAGGCUGCACGUCUUCAAGUCUCGAUUAAGCAACGUGCAAACCGUUAUAAAAAAAGGAAAGAAAUCUUUAAGAAGGCAGAAAAAUAUGUGAGGGAAUACAGAACAAAAGAGAGAGAUGAAAUUAGAUUAAUGAGACAAGCCAAAAAUCGUGGAAACUACUACAUCCCUGGAGAAGCACGUCUUGCCUUUGUUAUUCGUAUUCGGGGUGUGAAUCAAGUUGCACCCAAAGUACGCAAGGUACUUCAGUUAUUCCGUUUAAAGCAGAUCAACAAUGGCGUAUUCAUUAAACUGAACAAAGCAACCAUUAACAUGCUUCGUAUUGUUGAACCUUAUAUUACAUGGGGGUAUCCAAAUCUGAAGUCAGUUCGUGAACUGAUUUACAAGAGGGGAUUUGCCAAAAUAAAUAGACAGCGUAUUCCUAUCACCAGCAAUGCUGUUAUUGAGAAAAAGCUUGGCCGCGCUGGUAUUAUUUGUACAGAAGACUUGAUCCAUGAAAUAUUCACAGUUGGAUCAAAGUUCAAGUAUGCAAGCAAUUUCUUAUGGCCAUUCAAGCUCAACACACCAAAUGGUGGAUGGCGCAAGAAGACUAACCAUUACGUUGAAGGCGGUGAUUUUGGAAACAGAGAAGAUAAAAUCAACGAACUUCUCAGGAGAAUGGUUUAAGUUUAUAAAAAUCUUGAUAAAUAAACAUAUAAAUACAAUACA